AUGGCUCCUGGAAUCCUUGUCGUCGAUGCUCCCCGCACCCACCCCACCUCGAGUCGGGCACCAACCAAGAACCAUGAAGCCCCUCGAGACAUCUUCCCCGAUGGCAUCAGGACAUCGGGACAACACCCGCCCCUCUACGACGCUCUAAAGCCCUUCUCAGAAUUCCCCAAGGAAAUCACGGGGCCAACUGUCUGGCGUAAGGAGGACUUUGAAAACAACCCCGAAAAGUGGACGCACCCCUUCACGCCCGAAGAAGUGGAAGAGCUUGGAAAAGCCGCCGACAACUUUAUCGCGAGUGGAACAGCGCUCACGGGUAUCUCUAAGAAGUCAAGUCUGGCUUACACUUACAUCAAGGAACUGUUUCCUCUUCCCCUCCUGGGCAAAGUCCUCGCUGCCCUUCGGGAUGAUCUCCUCAACGGCAAGGGCUUCAUCCUAUUUAAGGGUUUCCCGGCCGAUGCUUGGGGCCCUCAUAAGACUGCCGUGGGCUAUAUGGGUCUCGGCACUCACCUCGGCUACUUCCUCUCGCAAAACGGCCGUGGUCACGUCCUCGGCCACGUCAAGGACGUCGGCGACGACCCUACCCAAAUUCACAAGGUCCGCAUCUACCGCACCACGGCUCGCCAGUUCUUCCAUACUGACGAUGGCGAUAUUGUCGGCUUGCUGUGUGUGCAUCGUGCGGCGGAAGGCGGCGAAAGCGACAUUGUCAGCGUCCACAAUGUGUGGAAUACGUUAGUGAAGGAAAAUCCCGACGUGGCUGAUCUGUUGACGCAGCCGAUUUGGUACUUCGAUCGCAAAGGCGAGGUCUCGAGUGGACAGGAGGAGUGGACCCGACAGCCUAUCAUAUAUCUCGAAAAUGGUGGCAAGAACCGAGUCUAUAUCAAGUGGGACCCGUAUUACAUCCGAUCCCUCAAGAGGUUCUCUGAUCAGGGUUUGGUUCCGGCCUUGAGCCCCGAGCAGGAACACGCGGCGAAGACCUUGGAGGAAACCGCCCAGCGCCUGGCGCUGCACAUGAUCCUGGAAGUGGGAGAUAUUCAGUUCGUCAGCAAUGCCCAUCUCCUCCACGCUAGGACGGAAUACAAGGACUACCCGCCACCGGCUCCUCGCCGCCACCUUCUUAGGCUGUGGCUAUCGACGCCGGAGGACGAAGGCGGAUGGGCACUCCCUAUGCCUGAUAGCAAGGAGAAGAAGAGGGGCGGUGUUCAGGUCGAUAACACUCCUCCAAAGGCGCCACUGGAUGCUGAGUAA